GGCCUCUCCCUCUUUGGAAAUGCUGUCCUUGUUUUGUGCAGAGAAGGAUAAGCAGCGGCUGUGCAAAGCCAGCCAUACUCUGUACGAUUGUGUCUAUGUCUUCGCCUCUUCCACCAACACCAUGUUCCGAAUGCUCAACCAGUACCUUGGAACUGAAUUUCCCAAUGUUGUUGUGAGAGAAAACCUCAGUAUCAAGGAGAACCUUCAGCUUCUGUUGAGUGCUCUGAAAGGCAUGCAAGAGACUGUGGAGUUGAAAGAUAAGGAUGUCCAGCAGUGUGUCAGUGGCCCUUUGUACUCUAAGAUCCUUCUACCUGUUUCUGCCAUGGAUGAAAAAAUCAAUCUUGUGAAGGAGAUCUAUGGCCUCUAUAAGGGAUCUUUUGCAACGAUCUGUGGUCCCAUUGCUACAGUCUUAUUGAAAAACAGUAAUCUCCCUGAAACACUACAGUCUACCUUGCGGUUGUUAGUGAACUCUCCUGCGAUGUCCCUGCAAGUUGGUGAUCUUCUCAUGACCCAUGAUGAAAUUGCUAAUGAAAUUGCUAAAGCUUUUCCAGAAACCAGCACUUCAUCUUCUCCAGCUACACAAACUGGAGCAAAGGCUCGCACUCAGUCUACAUCUUCCAUAACUCACUCACUCACCAGCUUCAUGCAGGUAGUUCUCCGGGGGCAGACAUCCAAGAACAGCUAUGAAAUAGCUGCAGAUUACUUGGAAGAUGCUGUUAAGGUAUUGAAGCCAGCUUGUGAAAAUUUCCAAAGUGUUGUUAAGAAAGCCGAAGAGUAUGUCACACUCAUCAUCGACAAAUUGCAGUGAUCUAGGAGGCGAUUGCUGAUCUGUUAGAAAUCCACUUCUGUUUUCACAACAGGUAAAGUUGUACAAAUUAAAGAGCAAACUUUUGCUGAUUG